AAAUCUCUUUCCUCAGUCUGCCGCCGCCUUCUCUCUUCUCCCUGUUCUGUUCAUCUCUUCUCUACGUUCUUGCUCCUCUUGAUAACUCUGGGUUAUCAGAUUCGUUCUAGACAUGGAAACGAGGAAUUCAUCAAAGCGGGUACGUGAUUCUACUGAAACUUCACGGCAACUGAAUCCUACCAAAGGAGCCAAUGGCUUGGUGAUCAAUAAUCAUACCCCCGCAGGUCAAGUUGUGGCUGAACCUAAGUUUCCUUGGGCUAAGCUUAUUUCUCAGUAUCCAGAGAGACCUCAUUGUGUCAUCACAAGCGCUGUGUUUACUGUUGGAAGCCAUGAAUGCGAUUUACUUAUCCCAGAUCUAUUCAUCAUCCCCGGCGUUCUGUGUGAACUGACGCUGAUGAAGCACCGAGACGGAGGUCCUUCAGUUCCCACCCUUCAGAUAAAAGGGAGUGGAGUUGGUCCUGUUGUGGUCAAUCGCAAGCCUUACCUAAAGGAUACUUGUGUUGAUCUGCAGGGUGGCGAUGAGGUUGUCUUCAGCACCCCUUGGAAACAUGCUUAUAUAUUUCAGCCUCUGAAAUAUGAAAAUCUUUCUGCUUCAUCUGUUCAUGAAUCCUCUAGACGCCAAGCACAUACGGAUUCUUUGCGAGCAAGCGUACUCAAUCCUCAGGACAUAGAAUUUUCUUUUGAGAACUUCCCAUAUUUCUUAAGUGACACAACUAAGGAUGAUUUGAUAACAUCAACAUUUGCCCGUCUGAAGUUUGGAGGCAAGUUUGCAAAUUAUGGACCAAAGCUGUCGACAAUAUGUCCCCGUAUCCUGCUCUCUGGACCAGCUGGCUCUGAGAUAUAUCGGGAAGUCUUAGCAAAAGCGCUUGCGAAACAUUAUGGGGCCAAAUUGAUGAUUGUUGACACACUCUUAUUACCUGGGGGAUCAACAUCCAAGGAAGCAGAUUCGACCAAAGAAAGUGAUAGCCGUGGAGCUGAACAGGCUGCUCCAACUUCAACCACAACCUCUAAAAGUUACACCUUUAAAACAGGUGAUCGAGUGGAGUUCGUCUUUUCACGUACUGCAUUUGCUUCUUUCCGUCUUGCAAAACUUAGGGGACCGACUUUAGGUUUCAAGGGAAAAGUAAUCCUUGCAUUUGAAGACAAUGAAUCUUCAAAACUCGGGGUUAGAUUUGAUAGGCCGAUAGCUGAUGGCAAUGACUUAGGUGGUCUAUGUGAAAAAGACCAUGGUUUCUUUUGUGCAGCGAGUUCACUUCGCUUAGAUAGUUCUUCCAAUGACAGUUCUUCCAAUGACGAUGCAGAUAAACUUGCCAUUAAUGAAAUCUUUGAGGUGGUUUCUAAUGAAAGUGAAACAAGUUCAUUGAUAUUGAUGCUGAAAGACAUUGGGAAAUCUGAAUUGGGGAACACUGAACUGUAUUUUACUUUGAAGAGCAAGCUUGAGAAUUUACCGGAGAAUACUGUUGUCAUAGCCUCACAAACCCAAUUAGACAGCCCAGAGGAGAAAUCCCAACCUGGAGCCUCAUAUAUGUUUUCCAGUGUCUUGCUGUGUCUUGCAUAUCCAGAUAUCUGUCGUGAUAAAAUGUUCCUGGUGGAAAGGAACGAUGAUGGUAAAGAAAUUCUGCCGGAAAGGUUGCCUAAACCAGUGAGACCAAUCACUACGUUAUUUCCUAAAGAAGUGACCAUCUGUUUACCUGAGGACGGAGCUUGGCCGUCGGGCUCGAAGAAGAAACUCGAACGUGAUACAGAGAUCUUGAAGGCUCAAGCUAAUAUAACCAGCAUCCGUGCAGCCCUUAGCAGACACCGUCUGGAAUGCCCUGACCUUGAAACCGUGUGCAUCAAAGACCAAUCCCUUUCGACUGAUAGUGCGGAUGAAGUGGUUGACUGUGCUUGGCGACACCAGCUUAUGAGCUCCUCAGAAAUGGAGAUGAAAGACGACAGGGUUAUAAUCUCUGCGGAAAGCAUCACACAUGGCCUGCAGAUGAUUCAAAACAAAAACAAGAGCACGGAAUAAAUCUGUCAAAGUAAUAAUAUCCAUAACCUUUU